CUGUAACUAGCAAUUUUGUAAAUAUUUCGCAUUCGCAUUUCUGCAGCUGUUUUGUCUGCUAAAAUUUUUAAAUGUUUUUGUUUCUUGCAAUUUUUUUGUGAAUUAUUAGGAUGGCUGCUACUAUAAAUGUUACUUCGCGAAAUCUAACUGAUGUUUUUAUUUUGAUGAGGAACAAUUCUUUACAAACAAAGAAUAUAUUUUCAGAUCAAAUUCUUGAUGACAAGGUAGCAUUAGUUUCUUCAAGGGAGCUGGAAAAUGGACAUGCUUUUUCUCGGUCCUUGGAUUUACCUCCAAUCUGGGUUGAAGGCAUUGAGCAUGUUCAAUAUGAAAUGAGUAGAAUCAAUCAAAAAUUGCAAGAGCUGAAAGCUUUGCAUGAAAAAACUGUUACACGCCCAUCUUUUGAUGAUUCUGUUCACGAAGAGAAAGAAAUAGAAAAUAUUUCUCAAGAAAUAACAAGAAUGUUUCAUCAUUGUCAUAAGAUAAUUCAUCAAAUUCGUGAAAGAAGCCGCGGUUCGACUUCUCAAGAGUAUCAAGUCAGUCAAAAUGUGUUAUCCUCUUUAGUCAGCUCUCUGCAAGAGCUUUCAACAAAGUUUCAUUCAGCUCAGUCUGAACACUUACGCCAAUUAAGAUCUAGGGAAGAAAAAUCUCAACAAUUUUUUAACUCACCAUUUCUACAACAGAACAAUGAUUCUUCUGUAUUUGAUGCUUUACAGGAGGAAAGUUUCAAUCAGAGCUUUUUAAGUGCAUCUGAUCAGCAAGUAAUGAUUCAAAGUAAUAACAUUAUGGUUGAACAAAGGGAAAGAGAAAUCAGACAAAUUGUAAAAUCUAUAUCUGAACUUAAUGACAUUUUUAAAGAUCUGGCAUUCAUGGUUGCUGAGCAGGGAACAGUGUUAGACAGAAUUGAUUACAAUCUAGAACAGGUGCAGACGCAAGUUUCCUCUGGUUUGAAGCAUCUUACAAGGGCACAAACUUACCAUAAGAAGAAUAGAAAAAUAGUAUGGAUAAUGUUUCUUGCUGCUGCUUGUGUAGUUUUAAUGAUAAUGCUAGUCAUUUUUAAGCUGUAGCUUGUGAAAAACUAUGUUUUCCCAACUGAUGAUUUAAAAAUCAUUUAAAAAGUUGCCAAAUAAUAUUCCUUCCUGUUUUACAUUCCAAAGAUAGCUCUAGUAUAUCACUAAGACUCAAAUCUUAUAUUUUUUAAGGUUAUUCAACAAGUUAUUUAAUUUUUAAAACUUUAUUCUCCCCAUUUUUGAAUAGUCAGGUAAGUUCUUGUGUGAAAAUUAUUUAUAAAUGUUAGGUUUAUUGUAUCAUGUGCAAUUUUAGAUCUUGAUAGCAGUUAAAUGAAAAACUUCCAGUAGAAAACGCGCUAUACGAUUUCCAAAUUAUCAUUUUAUUUAGUUUGAAAAAAUGCCUUUUGAAGCCCAUUGUAAUUCCUUUUGUCAGUGAUGAUUUUCAAACUUGUUGAAUAGUCAUGCAUUUAUUUAGCCUAAAUGGGUAAUAGUUUUUAUGAACAAUCGAUCAAACUUAAAGCAGCUAAAAAAAAGUUGCCAUUCUGAUUUUUUGCUUGGAGUCUACUGAGCGAAGUAUUUUACUUGUCACAUUUUUUAAUUAUAUUGUUUUAUCAGUUUUAUAUUUUAGUAAAUAGGUCCCCAUGUAAUGUGUGAAAAUUAAAAGUAGGCUAUUUUGAAUCCUCAUUUGUUUCCUUAUAAAGUUUAUAAAUGGAGUAGUAAAGUUUUAAGAAAAUAAGGGUUAUCUUUAAGUUGCAGAAUAGUAAAAUUAAUGAACAUUUGAAAUUCUAAUUUAAAGUUGCUGAGAUGUAGAAAUAGUAUUAUAAAUGAAAAAUCAGUGUUUUCAUCAUAGAAAAAAAAUGGGUGAGAAUUUCUCACCCUUUUUCAAAAACAGGGUGAGAUUUCAGAAAGUUAAGUAAGAUUUCUAAAAACUAUAAAAACACUA